UCUCUCAAAUUUUUUCAAAGUAUUUUGCAAUUUUUUUAGAAAUGUUUCAAGUAAAUCUUUUCAAUUUCUUCACGUCUUUAAGGAUUAAUAAGACGAAAUACAUAAAUCCUUAACAAUUUAUUUCAAGCUGAUCAAAUUAUAUUGAUAUAUUUCCUACAAUUAUCACCUUCACCUGCGGUUGCUAUGGUUACAUGAUAAGCUUUGAAAGGUAAACAAGCCUUGAAGUUCAUCGUGCUCACUCGUUUUUUUAUCGAGAGCUUUUUUCUCUAAAAAGAUGGAAGCGACAGUGAAAUUUAUAGUCAAAUAACUAUAGAAAUUUUGCUACAAUUUUAUGAAUUGUAACAUUCUUAAAUAAAGUUUAAAAAGAUGUUUUAACCUUUUUUGUAAUAUUUUCAAAUAUUUAAACAAACUGUGUUUUGCUCAAUAUGUCUGGAUCUGUGUCAUCUGAAGAAGGAGAUUUAAAUGCAAUUAUUAAAGAGUUUUUAGAUUUUUCAAAAUUGUCAAAAACAUUAUCAACGUUUGAAGAAGAAUGUCAAAAAUUAGGUAAACCCAUCCAGGAACAAGCUGGGAAAAGCAGAAGAGACGAAAGAAUUUUGAAAAUCAAAACUGAAUUAUUAGAUCACUUUGAUAAUGGUCAACGAACUGAAUUUUUCUCAGCUUGGGAAACACACAUUAAUCCUGAACUUAGAGAAAACAAUGUGUUUUGUCAAAAGCUCGAGUUCAACUUACAGUUACAUUUUGCUGUUUUACCAAUGAGAAAAGUAGAUCAUUGGAGUAAGGAAGAAGUAGAAGAAGCAAUGCUCCAUUUCCAUUAUUUCUUGGAGAGCAAAGGAACCGUUUUGAGUGAUUGUACUGAGUUCUUGCCAUUUUAUGCUCUGCCUUAUGUCCCUCGUCCGAACACUCAUCCAACUUUCGCAGAAAUAUUUCAAGAAUCUUGGUUGAAAAAGUUGAGGAGCAAAUUGGAAGUUUUCAUCUUCGAAGGUUUGGAAACGCAAAGUGAAGAUACACCAGAACCAAGAUUGGUGGAAUUAUAUCAUAAUCGAGAUUUAGACUUGCAAGAUUCUAGUAAAGAAUUGCAGUACCUUGAAAGACAUAUAGAAGAAUCUGAGAAACGAUCUGUAUUACAUGCUAAAAAGUGUGAAAAGCUACAGGAAGAAUGCCGGCAGUUGAUGGCAGUUGCAACUCUUUUGAUAACAGCUCUGGAAAAUGCAAUAAAAGGCAAUUUGGUAGACAUGGAUUGUGUUUUAUCGGCUUGUGCCACCCAUCUUCCUGAUCUAGAAAAACUUCGGAGUGAGUCGCCAGAGAAAAAAACUUCUGAUGAAAGUAAUCUUGAUGGCGUUUAACGAAAGCAGGAAAUUGGCAUAAGCGGGAAGAAACUGUGGUUGAAUUUGUAGACAAUGAUUUACUUGAUCUGAAUUUUAUAUCAGAGGAGCCAACUAAGAUAUUUUUAGCUAUUCGAUCAAAAAGUGCUCCUCUGUUGGAAAGCUUUGCCCGUUUCAUCAACGCUUUCUCUUCGUUUGUCUUAGGAAGGCAAUAUCUUUCAUCCAAUUGCAAGCUGCUGGAAUUACUUGUAGAACAUUUACUUACCAAUGAAGCUAAAGAAGAUAUUGUGUUAGACAUGAUUCUCGGAACUUUGAAGAAGUUAAGCAUUAGAAGAACUUCUCAAGCAUAUAUGGUUGAAGGUGGGGUGAUUGAAUGGCUUGCUGGUACAUUUCACUCAAAAGCAGUCAUAUCAGAUUAUGCGAUGUAUUCAUCUAUCGCCUUACUUUUCAACCUCAGUUUAUGUCCCAUGGGUAAAAAACGAUGUGAACCAUUGAAAGUUGAACUUAUCUCUGGUUUGGGUGGAUUACUACAACUUCAAGACCAAAAAAUAUCCCCUUAUGUAAACGGUGUUUUGUACAGAAUUCUUUCGAUAGCAAGUGUUCGAGAAUAUGCGAAGGAACAAGCAUUGCCAAAUGCACUUCGCAAAAUGAUGGCCAAAGCUGAAGGGGAACCAAAGAAACAACUUGAGACCAUUUUAGAACUCUUCGUGACGGAUGUCCAAAUUGAAGAUGGAAGUUCAGACGAGGAAGACGAUGAUCAGGAAAACGAUAAUUUGGAACCUGAAUUAGAAUCCAACGAUAUAAUUACAUCCGACACAAGUGAAGUGAAUGGAGAACACCUUUUGGAAUUAUACUGUACUCUCAAACAAAAUGUACAACCUGAAAGGAAUACUAGUCCUGAACUACAAAAAGAAGAACUGAACCUCUCGCCUCGAUUAAAUCAUAUUUCAGAAACGAGAAGUGCUAUCAGUGAAUUAUCAGUUAACCAAAAUUCACAAUUGAAUUCGUCAUUGACUUCAGAAUUACCUCUAACACCAAAAUUAGAUGUUGAAGCAACUCAGCUAGUACGCAAAAUAGUUGGAUCUCCAUCAACGACGCUAGUCGAAGCUGCAGUUAUUCCAGAUCCCGCAUCAGUGACAAUUAAAGGCCUCAAUGCUAAUGAGUAUACAGUAGCCUUCAGUUCCCGGCCUAAAAUUCCUCGGACACCAGAACCAGGAGAGCUACCAUCUCCGAAAGUCGGCUCAAGCAGUCCAAUAAGGUUCAGCAGUUUAUCUUUGAAGAGUAGAUGAAAUUUCUAGCAUAAGACAAAAAAACAGUGCCUUGUUACAAUUUUUAAAUACAUGAAGAUGAGAAUCAUUCCACUCUGACGAAAAUGAAUUUUAUAACAAAUUUGCUACAACCCUAAUCUUGAACAAAUAGAAACUGCUCAGUUAUUAGCACAAAAAUAAACUGCACUUACAUGGUUCUGAAAUUCUGGCUUUUGUAAAGGUUUCAUUUUUAUGAAGAGACUGUGCUGCCAAGAAACUGAUUAUAACAUUGUGAUAAUUAGAUUAGAAACCUAUAUUAGUAUCAAUAAGUACUAAACGAGUUGAUAAAAUAGUAUAUGGGUGAUUCUUUGGAAACAUAACAAUUGGGAACAAAAAAUCUCUUCAAAUUUAAAGUCCUGAAAAUAAUCUAAAUUUUUUUUCUGCACAUUUAUUUAAGUACAUUUAUUAAUAUUUUACAGACAGCAGUGUAGUUUAUUGACAUUUGCUCAAAAAAAAUAAAUAAAAAAAUAAAUAAAAUAGAUAUCCACCAAAUUUUGAAUGCCAGGAAAAUGACAUAUUAGCUUAAAAGUUAAAAAAACAGUCAUUUUAAUCUAAUAGUAAGUAACUCAACUUAAAUGCAACAUGUGCAGAGGUGCCACAUAUCUGACAAGCUCAAGUAAGAAGAAGAACUCAACUUAAGCCUUUGCGUUAGGUGGUCUAUGAAUUGCUUAAUUCUUUUAUCCACAGUGGAAAGAAUAAAAAAUGUUUGUUGUUGCUGAUAUGUACAGAAUAAAAUUGUAUAUAAUAAUCAAUCAUUAAAUAAAAAAAAAAAUUAUUACAUUCAAGCAUAUUACAAUCUUACAUAAACUUGGUAUUAGGUUAAUAUUUGGUUUCUCUCUUUACAUUAAACUGUUUAAAGAAAUUUUUGGUAACUGUUUCAAUGUCCUGGCAUUCAUAAGCCAGGAUAAUGAGAAUUCGCCAUUAUAUAGCAUUUAACUUUAACAUUUCGGCCUAAGAUGUUUACAUUCCACAGAAAACAACAGGAUUUCUUGAAAUAACUCAGGUAAAUCUAUGUAGUUUAUAUUAUUAAUGAUUUCAAGAAGACAG